GAAUCAUAAAAACAAAAAACCGCUGCACCAAACGUAUAUAAACUCGUCGCACAUUUUAAUAUUUUCACAACAUAUCUUAAUGUUACUCAAUUCUUGAAGAACAAAAUCUACCCUUGGCUUCUCUGAUUUAGGAUAAAAAAAACCCCAAUUUUCUUAAUUGGGGUUUUUUUUAACAUCCUCUACAAUCAGAAAUUUUCGCUUGUUUUUGAAAAUAAAAAAAUUUAAUGGCGGAGACAAAAGAUCAUAAAAAUUCGUCGGAUGCAACAAAAGAUGUCCGAUGCAAAAGGGUGCAAUACCAUCUCGACGAAUCUAAUUAUCAUGGCAGAAUUACCGAGCUAGAAUGGAAGGAUUAUUGUCCUGAUAUUUUCAGAAACAUUCAAGAGCACGAGAGGAUGAUUAAUUCCGGUGAAUACGCUAUGUUGCUGUGUUCGAAGGACAUCCUGAAGGAGGUUUCUUCGCCAGGAAAACCAGGUCGUCUGAUUGUUCUAUCCACCGACGGACGGUUCGUGAUCAAAAUCCUGAGAAAAUCUGAAAUGAAGGUAAUCCUGGAAACUCUUCAGAAUUACUGUGGACAUGUGAAGAGGAAUAAUUCUUCACUAUUGCUCAGAUUGUACGGACUUCAUUCUGUUAGACAACUCGGAGGUCUUAAGGUUUACUUCACUAUUUUUGCAAAUCCUAUUCCACUGGAUAGGAACAUUUUCGGAGUUUAUAGUCUCAAAGGCUCGUCGAAAGGACGAAAGGUUCAGAAAUAUAGAGUUGAUGAGUACAUCAUUCAUAAGGAUUCAGAUUUUGAUUUUUGCUUUUACCUGAAUCCAUUGGUUAGAGAAAGACUCUUAGCGCAAAUCAAGAUUGAUUGUGAAUUUCUAGAGGCGGCUGGUAUAAUUGAAUACAGUCUUUUAAUCGGUUUAGCUAUGCAAACUUCAUAUACUGGUUCAGUGGAUAGCCCAAGUAUAUACAGCAAGAACUCGAUCUCUGCAUCUUCUUCUCCCGCACCUUCAUCUGAUAGCGACACUAUCUCUAGCUGCUCUUCAGAUGAAUUUGAGGAUUCGCAAUUGAGUUUCGCUGAUGCCUGCACGGAGCCUAAUAGCCCUGAAAUGAGGAGAAGCUGUAGAGGAAUGGCUGCACGCGCAGUACGAACAAAUACGACAGGAGGAGAGUCACCGGAAAGCUUCAGCGUAAUGUUAUAUUUUCAAGUUGUGGACUUCUAUAACAAGUUCAAUGUGUACAAGCGUAUUGAGCAUCUUUACAAAUCAAUCCAAUUUGAUUCGAAAUCAAUCUCUGCUAUAAAGCCGCCCGAUUAUUCCAGUCGCUUCCAAGAUUUCCUUGAACAAAUAUUUCUCAUAGAAGAUUCUGUGGAUUUCGCAACUGCCAAUUGGAAUUCAGAUCAAGGCCGCAAAUGUUUAUGAUCGAGAACUUGGAAAUCAUUGUUUUUAUUUCGCCGAUUAGUAAUAUAAAAUUUGUAACCAUUCAAACAUGGGAUGUGAAUCAUGAAAAUGACAGGCACGUCUUUGUUGAAUGAAUUCUUUGUAAUAUUGUAUUAUUAUGCAUGUUUCAUGAAAUGGAAACAAUAAAAAAAAAGUAUGUCUUGAUUAUUUCA